CCCGCCCUCGGAGCCAUGACUCACGUCUCUAGCUCGAUUUUAUUGGUCAAUCCGGUUACGCGGUCACCUGAGAAGAAGUUUAGAAAUCAAUCAAGGUAGUUGAUGAUGGAUGCAUCGCUGACAAACGGAGAGUCCUACGCUUGUUUAGGCUGUGAAGAAGGCCAAGCCGUACAUCUUAAGAACUGGUUGCCUCCUGGGUAUACAUAUCACUUUUGCAAGUAUCGUUUGUGCACUACACAAGGCAAAUCACACCUGGACCACACGAGUUUUGAGGCAUCGCUAAGAAUUGCACUGACAGAGAUUUCAGAAGUAAAGGAAUGGGUGAAAAAGCUUAGUGAGUCAUCUGGAGUGACUUGGAGAGUGGCAGUGACAAAACCAAAUAAGGGACAACGUGUGCUUUAUAAGGCUCAUUAUAGGUGCCAGCACAAUGUUUAUGUCCGAUCAGGCACGGCUAAUAAAAGACGGCUGUCAAAAAAUACAUGCUGUGAGGCAAAAAUGGUUUGCACUCUGGUGAAGACUGUAGACAAAAGGGGAGGAUCUAGCAGGAGCAAUGAUCCCCAUAUACCCACUUAUCCAACUUCUGUGCGUUUGUACAAUGUACAUAACCAUAACAUCUUUGUUGCGGAGGCACUGAGGCACAAGGAUGUAGGGGUCAAGGCAAUUGAAACCUUGACUCAGUUGUUUGAGAUUGGGCACAGCCCAACAUCAGCUCUGGCUGUACUUAAAAGUGACCUGUUGGUUGAGCAUGACAACAAAUAUGUAUAUGCCUCAGCCAACCGUGCCAUUUGCCCAGACCUUCAGUUUUGCUACAGAUACAGGAAGUUCCUGACCUACCUACAGAAUCUUUACAGUCGACGUGAGAGUUGGGCUCUCAGCUAUAGGAGGGACUUGCCAACACGUGGCAACCAAACAAACAACUAUGUGGAGGCUGCAAUGCGUGUCUUGAAAGACAAAAUACUUCAAAGGACAAAAGCAUUCAAUCUGCCUCAGUUAUUCAACCUUUUCAUCACCCGACUAGAGAUGUACUAUGAAGCACGAGUGACAGACAUUGCACUUGGCCAUUGGGAGGCAUUCCACCGGUCAAGAUUCCUUGCUACAGAAAGUAAUAUCAAAGCAUCUGAUAUUUCUCAGGUUGGAGAGAAGAAAUUUCAGGUGAGAUCCUCCACAUCAGGGCACACCUAUACAGUGGACAUGGAGUUGGAGCUCUGCACAUGUCCAGCUGGCCAUAGUGGAGCACCAUGCAAACACCAGGCAGCAGUAGUGCAAAAUUACAACAUCUCCUCCAUCAACUUUCUCCCGAAAACCGCUGAAAUGAGGGCUGAGCUGCUGAAAUUAACAAAAGCCUCAGUUUCUCCUGAAUUUCUAAACCCUUUACGGCAAAAUACGUCAACGCCAAGCACAUCAGCUCCAGAUAUACCUCCAAGGCAAGAAAUCUGCCCUACUGAUCAUCAGUACCAUCUCAGUGCUCAAGAUGAUGUAGAGUUGCAUCAGCUGGACCUGUCUUUCUCCUGCUCUGCACAAUUGCACCAAACAUCACCUACCAUACAGGACUCAUACUCCAGCCAACCCUGUGUGCAGGGUAAUUUAGAAGGAGCCUUUAUACCUCAGUCUCCUGUGAGACGGAUGCUGGGACUGCUAAGUGAACUGGCUGAAAACGCUGACUACAGUGAUGCCCUGACUACAAUGGCCAAGCUGCUUGAAAAGAUGAAGCGCAACCCAACCCAACUGAUCUCUGCAUUUUACUGUUUUGGUAAAGGGAUGUCUGCGUCAAAGCGUGCCGCAGCGUUAAGACGAGCUGCUAGACGACCUGGUCCUAUUAUUGGCUGUCAGCCAACAGCAGUGGCCCGAAGAACAACUAAGACUGGUUCGAGGCGGCGUUUGACAGCUGGACGCCCCAGAAAAAGUAGUUCUGGUUUAGAGCAUGACUACAGCAGACAUACAGGAAAAAGGGCUCAAGGCACUUCCUCGGUGAAUGACUACACACUCCGCUUCCGCACUCUGGCGGCGGCUAGUGGCUGGAACGAGACUGCACUUCUCGGAGCUUACCGUCAAGGACUCAACCCGGAAAUCCGCGCCGCUAUGGCGUUGUAUGACGACUCUAUCGGCCUGGAAACUUUCGUCCAACGUACUACACGAGUUUCCCAGCGACUAGCCGCCUGCCAGCCACCGCUGUCCCAUCCGGCCCCCACGCCCAGUGUACGCACUAUUCAGGGAAAACCACUUGGGGGUGGGCGAAUCCGUCAUUCAUCACCUCACAUCACCCUACAAGUUGGACUGUUUCACACUGAACAAAUUCGGUUCUUGGUACUGGAGGAGUCCACCGUGAGUAUCAUCCUGGGACGCCCCUGGCUUAAACAACAUCGACCCAUCCUCCGCUGGGAUCCUUGCGACAUCAUUAGCUGGAGCGAACGAUGUCAAGAAGACUGCCUCUCUAACCGUCCUCAACCUCUUCCGGUCCCGGUCACUGUGUCGUCUACACUCGUGGAGAGUCCUGAGACCGAAGACCUUCCUGAGAUCCCGGCGGAGUAUGUUGCGUUCCAGGAUGUAUUCAGUAAACAAGCAGCCACUCAUCUUCCACCUCACCGGCCAUGGGACUGCGCGAUCGAUCUGCUGCCUGACGCCAAGCUCCCCAAAGGCAAGGUCUAUCCACUGUCCCUCCCGGAGCGCCAGGCGUUGGAGGCUUACAUUGAGGAGGCUCUUAAACAGGAUUUCAUUCGUCCAUCUACCUCGCCGGCCGCUUCCAGCUUCUUCUUCGUGGGCAAAAAGGAUGGAGGUCUGAGACCCUGCAUCGACUAUCGUCAACUCAAUUCCCAAAUAAUUCAACAACCGUACCCGUUGCCCCUGGUCCCCGCCGCCCUCGAAGAGCUUCGUGGAGCCCGGAUCUUCACAAAGCUGGACCUGCGGAGUGCUUACAACCUCAUUCGUAUUCGGAAGGGAGACGAGUGGAAGACAGCCUUCGUAACACCCACAGGCCACUACGAAUAUCAGGUGAUGCCGUACGGUUUAUCCAUCAGUCCCUCGGUCUUCCAGACGUUUAUGAAUGAGGUGUUCCGGGAGUUCUUACAUCAGUUCGUAGUGGUCUACAUAGACGAUAUCCUGAUUUACUCCCGGAACCAGGCCGAACAUCGCCAGCACGUCCUGCAGGUCCUCCAGAAGCUCCGUCAACACAGUCUGUUCCUCAAGUUGGAAAAAUGUGAAUUCCAUAAACCCUCAGUACAAUUCUUAGGCUAUAACAUCAGCGCCGAGGGCGUGCAGAUGGACCAGGGCAAGGUCGAUGCCAUCCAGAAGUGGCCACUACCCACCAGUGUUAAGGAACUCCAGCGUUUCCUUGGAUUCACUAACUUCUACCGCCGAUUCAUCAUGAACUACAGCACCAUAACUGCUCCAUUGACCUCCCUCCUGCGGGGUUAG